AAUGAACAUAUUUGAUAUACUUAACUCUUAAUUUGUUAGUCAAGCUCAAUAUGAUACAAUUAUUGCAUAGUAGAAGGCUUACUAACAAUAUUAUACUUAGUUAUAAAGUGAUUCUAGCAAAAUAGCUGAAAUCUGGCCUAUUGUAAGAUAGGCAGGAAUAUUAGAUAUCUGCUAUGAGAAUUAUAAAUGUAUGUUUUUGAUAUUUAAAUGAUUAGAUUUUGCAAAAGAAAAUAAAUUAUGUUCAUUAGAGCCUAUUUAGAAGUUGAUGAGUAGUACAUUUGAAGAAGAAGGGAAAAUAGAUUAUUUAGCUGAUUUCAUCAAAUUUAUGGGAAUAAAAUAAGAUUAUAGUUUAUUUGAUUAGGUUAGGAUAGUGGUUGAAAAAUAUGAACUUGAAUAUGAUAUAUAGGAUAGACUUAAAUCAUUAAAUAAUUUGAAUUUCAAAGAGCAAUAUUAAACAAUUACUAUAGAAUUAUUGAAAUUGUAUGCAGAAAAGAUAUAUUCAGAAGAAGGUUUCUUAAAUGAGUUAUUAGAAUUUGGAGCUGCUUUGGAAUCAAUUGAACCUUUAGCCAAAAAUAUAAUAUAAUAAGUACAUGCAGAUAGAACUAUUAAGAAUAUGUUUGAAGCUGUUCUUUACUAUCCUGAUACAAGUGAUCAUCUACAUGAAUUUAAAUAAAGUAUGGAAGUAACAAAAAUGUAUGCAAAUAUGGAUUAAUGUUUGUAAUAACAAAUGAAAAAAAGAUUAUUAAUAUCAGGUGUUAAUACAGAUACUAUUUUAAAAUUCUAUGUGAAUUUAUUAAAGGUUUUAUAAUUUGUAGAUUCAGACUAUAUGGUAUUUGAUAAAGUCACUAAACCAAUAAAAGAAUAUUUAUUAUAAAGAUCUGAUUUUUUAAGAUGUAUUAUAGGAAUAUUAACUUAAUAAAAUUAUUCAACUGAUAAAGUUAUGAUAUUUGAAUAAUAAGAUUCAUCUGAUGAAGAAUCUACAUAAGAGAAAGAUUUAACUAGUGUUUUAGUAAGUUUAUAUGGAUCAUAAGAAGCAUUUAUAAGUGAAUAUUAAAAUAUGGUUGCUGAGAAGAUAUUAACACCUAAAGAUUUUUCUUUAGAGUAAGAAAUAGCUAAUAUUGAAUUAAUGAAGAUUCGUUUUGGUGAAUAAUCUAUGAAUACAUGUAGUAUUAUGAUGAAAGAUAUUUAUGAAAGUAAACGUAUUGAUACUAAUAUUUAAUCAUUGACAACAUAAUUCAAUAUGUUGAAACCAUUAUUUUUAAGUAAAACCUUUUGGCCAAUUAGUUAUGAAUUUAAACCUACAUUUAAAUUACCUCCAGCUAUUGAAUAAUUAUUUAAUGAUUAUUAAAAAAGAUUUGAAAAAAUUAAAACUAUGCGUUCUUUAUUAUGGCAUCAUGAUUUAGGUAGUGUAACUUUAGAUUUGACUUUUGAUAAUGGAGAUUUUGAAUUUAAAUGUUUACCAAUUCAUGCUUGUAUAAUUGGAUAUUUUAAUGAUGAUGAUUCUAAAGGAUUAUAUAGUGAUGUUUUAGCAUAAUAAUUACAAAUGAAUCAUGAAGAUUUGAAAAGAAGAAUGUAAUUUUGGAUUUAAAAAGGAGUAAUCAGAGAAUAAAAAGGUGAAAAUGAUAUAAUUUACUAUACAGCUGUCAAAAUAUAUAUACCUUAAUGUAUUAUAUAUAUAUUAUUUCUUAGCUUGUGAUGAUUUAUUAAUUGAAGAAAUACCUGAAGACUUAUUUGUUUCAUCUACUAAUUUCUUGUAAUCAAAUUAACUUAUUCAAUAAAUUUCUCAUAAUUUGAUUGAAUUAUUAAAACAAACAGGCACUCUAAAAAUUGAGAAGAUUGUUCAAUUAUUCAAAACAACUUUCAAAAGUGAGUUUUCUACUCCUAUUACAGAAAAUAAUAUCAAGGAAGCUAUUAAAAUAUUGAUUUAAAAAGGAAAAUUGUAAGGAUCAGAAUACAUAGAAUUAAAAUAAUGA